UUUCGCUCAAACGUCAUCGGCUUUGUGAAAAAAUUGUAAGUGCUGAUCUGAUCAGGAUUGUUUUUUGUUAAAAUUUAUGGUGAAAAGCAUUGUGAAAUCGGCUGAUUCACCAUGGAAGCUGUCCCUCGGAUGCCGAUGGUCAGCUUCGAGCUGAAAACCUGCACAGAACCGACCAGUUUUGGAGCAUUGAAGCAGUACAUCGCUGAGUAUUAUCACGAAGAUCCGGAUUCGUACUCAAAGGAAUGCUACCAGUUGGAGCAACUGAGAGGAUCUGCCACACGACCGACGCAGGAUGUUGAUGGAACUUCUCUGCUGAAAUGCUACUACUGUCAACUGCAUUCGAUCCAGAAUCGAUUUCUGCUGAACCAGUUGCCGGAAAGUCAGCAAAUGCUCAGCUUCAGCUGGAAGGAUCUGUACAGUGGUGCAACGUUGCAGAAGAGUACCAUAAAAUUUGAGAUGGCCGUCGUGUUGCAUAAUUUUGGAGCACUGCAUACUCAACUCGGAGCGGCGGAAGGUCGUGCUGAUCCGGAAAGUAUGAAAAAGGCUUGCACUCAUUUUCAGUGUGCUGCGUGGGCUUUUGGGUACAUCAAGGAUAACUACGCUCUGUUGCUACAAGGAGAUUUAUCAACAGAGUUGUUAAUUUUUAUGCAGGCGCUUUGUUUUGCUCAAGCCCAGGAAUGCAUCAUGGAGAAGAGUUUGUGCGAUAACAGAAAAUCGGGGAUAAUUGCAAAAGUUACGGCUCAGAUCGUCACGUAUUACAAUUCUGCUCUAGCUGCGUUGCUAACUCAGAAUGGAGAGGAUGGGCGCAUUCAGGAUAUCGUGGGCAGUAAACAGUUCAAAGAGUGGCGAAAGUAUGUCAAGUUUAAGAUUUCCUAUCUGUCGUGUAUUUUACUGCUUUACCAGGGACAGCAGUCGGAGGAGCAGCAGAAAAUGGGCGAAAGAGUUGUAUUGUAUCAGACUUCUUUCGAUAAGCUGGAGGAGGCAAGGAAGGAAUCGAAAGGGCUUCCUAACAUUGACCAGGUCAACGACGCUCUUCAGUUCACAAUGGACGUGGUUGAGGCGAAAAGGAAAGCUGCUAAAAACGAGAAUGAGUUUAUAUACCACGAAGAAGUUCCGGAACUGAGUUCUAUCGCGGCCGUACAGGGGGCGAAUCUGGUGCAUGGAAUCGCUUUUAAUGUUACAGAUUCGGAGGCCAUUGGAAAAGACAUUUUCCAUAGACUAGUACCGAUGAAAGCUCACGAGAGUAGCUCGGUUUACAGCGAGGAAAAGGCAGAUCUUUUGCGAAAAAUAGGAUCCAAAGUUGAGGAUAAAGACCUGGACUUGGCAUCGUUUAUGAGUUCACUCAAUCUGGAUUCGAUAAAUGUUCAGAAUCCAAACAGUUCUAUAGAAGACCGACUGCCGCAAGGGCUUGUUGACCGGUGCGCCGAUUUGAAUGCUAAACCGAAUGCCAUUCCUGAUUUGGUGCAAUCGAUGUCCAACUUGGCGGAAAGCUGCACGGACGUGGAACUGAUGCUGAAGGAAAUUAAACAUCUGCUAAAGCAGGAUGAAAUUCAAGAGGAUAGCUACCAGCAGAAGAUCGGCCAACGCUCGAAUGGUGGUGCUCACAUUGCGGAACUGAAUAGAGAAUUUGCUAAGUACCAGGAGGCACACAACAAGGCGGGCGAAAGUAACGACACACUACGCAAGGCGAUGGGACUGCAUGUGCAUAAUUUAAAAAUUUUGGCACAGCCGUUAAGGGACAUAAAGCUGCAGAUUCCGAGCAGCAGCGAGCAGUUUGACGAAUCAACACUGAAGGAGCUGCAGGGUAUACUGGCGAAGGUUAACGAAAUGAAAAAACAACGUGCCAAGUUGUAUCAGGAUCUGCGUACCAACGUAACAAAUGACGACAUAACAGCGCAGUUGAUUGGCCUGGAAAGUGGACCGGACUGCAAAAAGCGUAUGCAAGAACUGUUCAAGAAAGAACUUGGCAAGCAUGACCAGUUGGUAGCCCUGUUGGAGGCUAAUUUGACGGCUCAACCGAACAUUCUGAAAGCGCUGACCGACAUCUAUGCUCGCUGUGCACCAACCAUCAAAUCAAUUAGCGAGGCUAAAACGAAACGGGAGCAGUUUUUCUCCUCACUGCAAGGGUCCUAUGAUGUGUACGAGGAUUUGCUGUCAAAAAGUGCUAAGGGAUUGGAGUUCUACAAGAAACUUCAGGCGAACGUUCAGAAGCUGUACUCCCGAGUUAAGGCAGCCUGUGACGUUCAGGAUGAAGAACGAAAUCAAAAACUAAAAUCUAGUAAUGCUAUGAAGAAGCAGGAACCAGUCCGAGAUAGUCCCAAGAUAAGUGGAGGGCCGAAGUUAAAAGAUUACUUGAAAUCAGGCAACAUAAGUUUGGGUUCGAUUAAAGCCUCUGGAGUGGAUGCAAACCCUUCCGGGUACAUUCCACCGGUAAGACCGGCACCGGUUGGAUCCGAGAGCAAUGCUCCGGUGUCUAGUGCUGCUUCAGGAAGUGGUGGCUACUACCAUGAUUCCUAUUCAAACUAUAACUAUUAUUCCACAGCUGCUGGUAAUAUCCCACCUGCAACGGGAACGGAUUACACGCAAUACUACCAACAGCAGCAGCAGCAGAUGAACUAUGGACAUACAAUGCCAAUUUCUACAUUCCAAUCGACUACCAAAUCGACAGUUACUUCUACUCAGACUCAGUCCCAAACAACGGGUUAUGUUAAUCCAAUAUAUCAGAACCCGGUAUCUAGCUACUAUGGCAAUCGGCAGUCUGUUGACUACAGUCAAUAUCCUUCUUCACAACCCUCACCACCUUUGUCUUCAAGUUCAAGCGAUGUUGCAUCAGUUGCAGCCAUGUCACAAACUCAAUAUUGGAAUCAACUAAAUCAGCAACUUGGUUCAAUGAAUCUCCAAUCGCCUGCAGCAAACUAUCAACCGACCGUGGAUCCAAAUUCGGCCUAUUCACAAAACCAGCCAUAUCAAGUUGAUAGCAGUGCAGUAAGUCAACAACCGUACCCGUCUAACACUACAACAAAUCAUUCCUAUAAUGGUUACAACACUCAGUCUGCUGGUCAAUACCCGGAUUCCUCUGGGCAAUACUACCAACCAUCUCAACAGACACCGAUAGCUCAGCCAUACUCUCAACCCACGCAUUUACAAACUGAUCAACAAACAACUUCCUCCAAUUCCUAUCCCGCGUAUCCUGACUAUUCCUACAAUCCACAAACAGGAGCCUAUGAAUACAGCGGCAGCAACCAGUACAGUUCUACCACCCAAGCGCCCUAUGUAACCCAGUACAGUUCAAAUCAAGUGCCCUUAGGGACCACUACAACGCCGACAGCAGCAGCAUCCAGUGAGCCAUAUCAAGCAACAACAACGACUUUGUCCUACGACUACAAUCAACCUCAGCAACUACCGACUUCAUACGUGAAUCAGUAUGACUCUGGGCCGAUGACUCAACCUGUAACAUCCGAUUCCACAACAGUUGCUACUUCUUACUACGGACCACCAUCAACUACGUACGAUUAUAACCAAACUCAACAGCCUCAAACCGUUCAGGAUACAAGUCAGCAGUAUUACCAGCAAGGACAAGCCCAAAAUUCCAACUUCAAUAGCGCCACUUAUCAGUACCAGCAACCUGUUCUCGAUAGCGGCUCAAUGGAUGGACAAUAUUCGAACUACGCUAAUCCAAGCCAAUACGCUGCUUCAACCGCACCUUCAGGUUAUAAUUAUGGAACCCCAACAGUAGAACCGAAAACCCAGUAUCAAUCGUCGCACUCACAACCUGCUCCCAAUCAACAAGCUGUAACGACAGGACCAGCUGCUGUGGUACCACAAACCCAACCACAACCGCAAACCCAACCUCAACCACAAACACAACCACACCCACCUCAACCAUCCCUAACACAACCCGCUAGCAAACAGUCCUCUAACCUAGAUCUACUAUCCGGGCUUGACUUCACCGCCGAACCGGUGGAAGUUCCCGUUCUUCAACCUCAACCAACCAUCAGCAGCCGAGAGGACGACAUAAAAAGCGAAGUUCUUACCCCGACCAAGCUAGAAUCGCUACCGGACAUUCCGUCAGUGCCACCAACAGCUGCCAGUCAGAAGCCCCCCGAUUUGAGUUUAUAUCGCAAACCGAGCAUGGAUAAUCUGUCAAUCUGUUCGGACUUGAGCUCGAUUGACCAAAGUUUCGACUGGGAAAGCGCAUCCGUGCGGGCAGCAACCGUAUCCAGGCCUUCGCUUCCCGAUGCUCUGCAGAAACUGAAUCAAAACAGCACCGUGAGUAUCUCGGGUCGGGGUGGUGGAAGUGUUGUGAACAAUAGCAUUCUGGUGCAACCGGUAAGGGAUCCCUUUGAGGAUCAGGCCACGCUCAAGUGGUUCCACAAAGAGGUCGAGCGGUUGGAGAAGUUUAUUGACACGUUGAAUGUGAAAACUUUGAACGGGACCACUCCGUUGGAUGGGAAAUGGAAGGAGUUGCAAGAUUUGUUGGUGAAGGAAGAAUCGAAACGACAGGUUGGUGUGGCUCGAUUGUUCCCGGAAAAGAAUCGUUCUAUAGAUUGUGUACCGUAUGACCAUGCUAGGGUAAUGCUACCAACGGAUACCGAUAACUAUAUCAAUGCAGUGUAUGUCAAGUUCCGCAAGGACAAAUCAUCGGAUCUUGGCUUCGGUUGCCCACAAUUGAUAUUAGCACAGACGCCCUUGCAAAAUACCGUAAACGAUUUCUGGAACAUGGUUUGGUCUCAAAAAGCAAACGUGGUAGUAUGCCUGCAUACGCCAAAUGAGAUCUUGGACACAUUCUGGCCCGGCGAAAUCAACCAGGAGUUGACUUAUGGGGACGUUUCUGUAUCUCUUAUCAAACAGUUUGAUUUAACGCAUUGCAUCGAGCGGGCGCUGCGAGUAUGCAUGCUGGGUUCGGAUAUGAUUCUAAACGUAUCUCUACUGCAAACAAAACUGUGGCCCAAGCAGUCUGCUGAAUGUAUUUUAGGAAUUGCACAGAACGUAAUUGGCGCUUAUCGUCAGCAAAACCAGGAACUAAAGCAACUAACCCCCCUGAUCGUCAACUGUCUUAAUGGGUCGGAUCGGUCGAGUUUGCUGGCGGUGGCGAUCGCAUCGAUGCUGGCAACACAAUCGACGAAACCUAUUCUUAUAAAUGUGGUUGAUAUUUGGUACCGUAUAUGUUGCCAACGGAGAGGUGCGCUUCGUGACCCAAAUCAAAUUCAGCUGUCCUACAACAUCGUGCUGAACAAUGGACACAGCAUUCUAAACAAGCGUGGUAUUAUGACAUCCUACCAGAUGAAAUCGGUUCAAACGAGUACCGCUGCCGAAAAGGAGGAAACUAUCAAUGACCCGUUCAAAGAUUUAGAUCCUCUCUGGAAGUUAAAAUGAGCGUAGGAAUUGGUUAUCAUACCACAACCGUACUGUGACAUAUGUAUAUCAUGAAAUUGUAGAAGUUUUAUUAUAUGUAAAU